GCGCGGUGCGGGGGCGCAGGCGGUGCGGCACGCCGUGCGGGGCCGUUGUUGAUGAUGAUUUUUUUUUUAAUCACAGCAGCCCCAGUUUAGCGGAUUGAUUUACUCGCAGUAUUGGUAAAUAUGAUCACGUGGGCUCCGCAACCAAUGGUUGAGGGUUGCAGUCUGCAAAAUACUACGAUUGUUCUCCGGGAGGGUAUCAUAUACAGUUAACAGUGUAACCUUUUAUAUGACUAAGAGGGGAGCCUAAAAUGUCGUCUAGUGGCACCAUAAGUAACUAUUAUGUCGAUUCUCUCAUAGGCCAUGAAAGCGAAGAAGUUUAUGGGAGUAGAUUCGUCCAGGGAGGUCACAGUGCGACCUCCAGGCCAUCAGGUGUUGCAGAGAGUUCAGAUUUUUCCUCUUGUAGCUUUGCACCAAAAUCCACCGUGUUUUCCACCUCCUGGUCCACUGUUCACCAUCAGCCGCCUGCGGCAAUGACCGGGAUCUACCACCCCUACAUGCACCAGCCCCACUUAGGGGCAGCCGACGCUGGCCGCUACGUGCGCUCCUGGAUCGAGCCCUUCCCGGGCUUCCCGGGCGGCGGCGGCGGCGGCGGAGGCAGCGGAGGCAGCGGAGGCAGCGGAGGCAGCGGAGGCAGCGGAGGCAGCAGCAGCGGCGGCUCCGCGUCCAGCUCCGGCUCCUCCAACGGGCGCCACUACGGGAUAAAGCCGGAGACGGGAGCAGCCGCCUCCUCGUCUUCCUCCUCCUCUUCCUCCUCCUCCAAAAGGACUGAGUGCUCCUCGUCUCGGGAGUCCCAGGGGAUCGGUGUGCCCGAGUACACGUGCAGCUCCUUCCUCCAGGAGUCCCGGGAGAAAGCGCCUGCCGGCAGCUCCAAGGACCCCGCCGCCUGCAGCCACAACCCCAGCCCGAGCAGCGAUCUGAAAGAGGAGAAGCAGCAGCAACUUGACCCAAAUAACCCUGCAGCAAACUGGAUCCACGCUCGUUCAACGAGGAAAAAGCGUUGUCCCUACACAAAGUAUCAAACUCUGGAACUGGAAAAGGAAUUUCUGUUUAACAUGUACCUCACCCGAGACCGCCGUUACGAAGUAGCUAGGAUUUUAAACCUCACAGAGAGACAGGUCAAAAUCUGGUUUCAGAACAGAAGAAUGAAAAUGAAAAAGAUGAACAAGGAGAAAGGCAAUAAAGGAGACUAACGCAGGGGUGGAAACGUAGCUGGGGACUAUUGAUUUAGUUUUGAGUUUGGAUUUUUAUAGGGGGAGUGUGGGUUUUUGGUUGUUGGGGGUCCUUUUGGUUUUGGGUUGUGGCUGCUUGUUUUUAUUUGGUUGUGUGGGUUUUUUGGGGGUUCGGUUUGUCUUCUUUUUUUUUUUAUUAUUAUUUUUCCUUUUCUUACUUUGGUUUUAUUCUUCCUCUGCACCCCUUAGUUCCCCAUACGUUCCUCCUGGGCCACUCCACCCCAGGGACUUUAAAUCGAUCGCGCCUUUUUUUUUUUUUUUUUUUCGUAGAAGUGAAACGUGGUCUGUGUCAGGUAUUUUGGGAAAUUUUGUCUUGCUCGACAACGUGUUUUUCAGAGUCUCUUGAUACUCCCCUUCUCCUUCCCAGACCAUUUAGCUGACAAUAUUGUGAGUGCACGUUAGCUUUGGGAACUCUAUCUGAUGUUAAAUGUUCGACUUGUUUCUUAAAAGUGAUGUAGACUAGAUAGUUAUUUUGCCAAAAUGAAGGUAAGGAAAUUAAUUAUAAUUACGGUAAUAAAAUAUAUAUUAAAUUGCAAUCGCUUAAAUCAAUGGGGGCUGCUGUGCUGUCCACGACCUACUAAGAGGAAAUCUUUCCCCAAACUUCUGCUUUCUAGGUCUGAAUCCUUCGCAGUAGAUGCCACAGAGAGGCCACGAGCUGCUUCCCCCCCCCUUUAGUGCACUGUUAGGAGGUUGUCUCAUCCUUGGAGCCGCUCGCCAUAGGCCUAACGCCUCCCGGUGCCCCGGCUCGCUGCCGUCCCUGCCCCCGGUGACUGUUGUAUUAAUUAACCGCUCCGUGUCUCGCACUGCGGACCUGUUGUAAUUGUUGUCAGUUAUUACACAAUAAAGUCUGCCGUGACCGAACGACA